AUGCCUCGAGUGCUGGUUUUCGGAGCAACAGGAUAUCUCGGCCAGGCCGUCACCCAAGCCAUGGUCCGCAGCGGCUUGCACACCGUCUACGGACUCUGCCGAUCUGCCCACAAGGCCCAGGCUCUGGCGGCGUGCGAGGUAACCCCUGUGGUAUGUGAGGACCCGGCGAACACCCCGGGCCCUUACCUGGAUGCGAUUCGCCAAUUCCGGAUCAACGUCGUGGUGGACUGCACCGCCGCGUACGGCGACAGCGCCAGGUUCCUUGCCGACGUCAAGGCCGUCGGGCAGGAGCAACUGGACGCCUUCAGCGCAAAAGAAGGAGGAGGAGGAGCAGGGGUGGGGCCACCUCCAAGGAUGGGCUUUGUCUAUAUCUCCGGCGCCUGGGUCCACGGCGAGUCAGACGGUGCUGUCUCAGACCUGGAUCCCGUCGGCACGGCGUCGGGCCCUACGCAGCCGCUCGCUCUUGUGGCGUGGCGACCCGAGCUGGAGCGCCAGGUCAUGGCGGCCCGCGACGUGCUCGACGUGAUGAUAUUCCGGCCCGCGCAGAUGCACGGCCGCGCCUCCUCGGGCUGGAGUGCGCUGUGGGGCCCCAUCGCCCGGGCCGUGGCGGACGGCAAGAGCCACGUGCAAAUCCCCGUGGCGCCCACGUCGCAGUCUCCCGUGAUCCACGUCGAUGAUGUCGCGUCGGCCGUCUGCCUCGGCGUCGGCAAGAUCUCCCUGCUUGGGGGAGGUCCUUCCGUGUACCCUGUCUUCGACUUGGUCUCGACGACCGAGAACAUCCGCGACAUCCUCGCCGCAUUUGCACGGGCAGUAAGCAAGGCCAAGGGCGGGCGACUCGACCUCGACUCGUCGGGCCUGGCGACAACGCUUUCCUCCAGGCCUUGGGUGCGACCAUUCAUUGUGACAGCGCCAGGGCACGAGAAUUGCUUGGUUGGGAGCCAAAGAGGAACGGCCUCGUUACGGCGAUGGACAUUUACGCGAAAGCGUGGGAAGCGGGUCAAGUGUGAGAGAAAUGUGCAAGAGACCAUCGCAUGGCUAGGGUAA